CGGGGCGGAGGCUAGAUGGGGCUGGGCCCUAUAAAAAGGAGGCGGAGGUGCCUCGCUUUGAGUUUAGCCGUGAGCGAAGGGCAGCGCGCUGAAGCUGGGCCGGGCGCCACGAUGGGAACGUGGGCGGUGGGACUGCUGCUGGUUACCCUGCUGACAAUGCCCGGAAGCGGCGCAGAGGUCUGCGGAGAGGGAGAGUACUUGUAUGAAGGCAUUUGCUGCAUGCUGUGCCCGGCAGGUACUUAUGUUGCUGAGCACUGCAGUACUCCGCGUUCAAAGGGAAUAUGUGCCUCUUGCACCGAAGGAAGAGAUUACACUGCCCAUGCAAAUGGCUUGGAAGAAUGCUUGCUGUGCAGACAGUGCAAAGACGACCAGAUAACUUCAAGAACCUGUACUGUGACGAGUGACACUGAAUGCCAAUGCAAACAGGGAUACUUCUGCCCUGCUGAAGGCUGUGAAAUAUGUCAGAAAUGCAGUCGAAUGUGUCCAGAAGGGAAAAAAAUUGUACAGAUCUGCAAUGCUACAAUGGACCUAGGAUGUGGCUUACCUGACCAAGGAAAUAAAUAUCUUACUUGGAUGACUGUAAUAAUUUUGGUUGCUGUUUUUUCUGCUGGUUUGCUUGUGUUCUACGGAAUAAGGAAGUGUAAGAGUGGUAAAGCCACUUUCUCUGACAAAGAAGAGAGGGGCCUGGCAUAUGAAGAUAAUACACUUUUAUCAGAAGUGAAGAUAACUGAAAAUAAUGCAUCCCAUCCAGACAGUGAGAACUCUGGUGAGAACUCAGAGGGCCAAGCGUACUAUAGUGUUAAUUUGGAAGUGAAAAACACAUCUCCAGAGGAAAACAAUGCUGUGUCUUAUGAGAGAGGCACCAUCUCACAGAAGAACUUGUGGUACCAAACACAAGAAUGUUGGAAGAGGAUCAAAAACUGGUCAUCAUCUACAAAAAAUAGUUGUAAUCCUACUUUUCAACCAAAUGCCCAGUGUGCAGAAAGGGGUGUUAAGAUGCCAGCAUAUCAUAUGGUACAAAAGCAAAAAUGUCAAAUAAUCGUUAAAGAUCUGACUCAAAAAGAACAGAUGGAUUGCUUUUUUGCUUUUAUUAAUACAGUACCGGUGAAAAAAUGGAGGAAGCUUAUGAGAACUCAUCUGGAGGAAAAUGUUAUUGAUAAAAUUGAGUAUAAGUGGCCUAAUGACACAGAUGAGCAAUUUUAUCAGAUGCUUCUCACCUGGAAAAACAUGCUGGGGGAGAAACAAACUAUUAUUAAGUUACUGGAUGAGCUAAGGGAUAUAGAUACCAGGGCUUACAGUAAAAUAGUCCACACUUUAACAAGUAAUAACAUUAUAAGUAAAAUAGAAGCUACAGCUUAACAUUUCCAAUGAAUUUCAGAAAUGUUCCUGUAUGUAUAUAGGAAGCUUGUAUAAGUGAGGAUGUCGUAAGCUGCAGGUAACAGUGGCUGUGCGGAUGUGAUGCCCUUCUUACCUGCACGCGGGCUGGAAGUCAUUUAACACAGCCUGUGCUGAGUUGUGACAAGACUCCAGCGGCAAUAUUUGCUUUAUUUUAUUUGAUUUGGGCUUUUUUGAGUAGUACACUGUGAAAACUCAGGUGCCAGUGGCAAUUUAGGAGCUCUGAGCUUCUGAGUUUGCCUUUCCUUUGUGAAGCUGUGAGGAAAGAAGCUACCUUUAUUGCGCUCUGUGGAGCCGAGAACACCCGUUGCAGUUUUUGACUGAACUGCCUUAUUUUUGUUUACAAGGUAAUCGCAUUUCAUUUGUGGUGGGAGCACGUGGCAUGCGAAAUGUUCAAAGUACGGCAAUAAAAACUCACUGAAGACAAA